CCUGACGGUACACAAACCGCACAUCCAAGAUACACAUUAAGUGGUUUUUACACCAGUCACAAGCAUAUGCAUUCAUUAAGCUGUAUAUGUAGAACUUCUUUUCAAUUGGGGGAGAAAUCAGCUAUUUCUGAAAAUCACUAAAAAUGGAAGAUGCUGUACCGACAACAGAGUCAUCAACGAAGAUAGUGCCUAUAAACAAAGACGCUGUGCAUCACAUUUGCUCUGGACAGGUCAUCCUAGAUUUAGCAACCGCGGUGAAGGAAUUAGUGGAAAAUAGCCUCGAUAGUGGUGCCACUUUAAUUGAGGUUAAAUUGACAGAUCAUGGCCGUACUUGCGUCAGUGUUAGCGACAACGGGUCUGGCAUUGCCGAAGAAGAGUUUGAGGGUGUGGCGUUGAAACAUCAUACGUCAAAACUACGGUCUUUUUUGGAUCUGACGGAUAUUAGAACUUUUGGAUUCAGAGGUGAAGCUCUAAGUUCUCUCAGCUCAUUGUCAGAGCUAAGCAUGAUUACACGACACAGAAGCAGGGACUAUGCUUAUAAGCUGGAGUUUGAUAGAAAUGGAUCUUUAAAAGCCAAGAAACUCUGUGCCAGAGACAUGGGAACAACUGUCUAUGUCAAAAACCUGUUUAAAAGCCUUCCUGUGAGAUACAAAGAGUUUCAGAGAAACUUCAAAAAAGAAUUCACAAAAGCCAUUCAGGUCUUGUACGGAUACUGUCUGGUGUGUACAAAUAUUAGGAUAACAUGCAGCAAUACAGUUUCAGGGAAACAGUCAACUCCCAUCGUUGUGACUUUGGGUGCUGCCAGUGUCAGAGAUAAUAUAUUAUCUGUGUUUGGCAAAAAAGCACUAGACGGAUUAAUUCCUGUUAAACAGAUUCCUCCAGAUGAUUCUGUACUCCAAGAAUAUGGCUUGUCCUCAAAUGAUGCAGAAGGCAUUUCCUCGAACAUUAAAUGGGAGUGUUACGUUUCAAGCUGCACGCAUUUUAUGGGAAGAUCCUCUCCUGACAGACAAUUUCUUUACGUAAAUAGUCGUCCCUGUGAUCCUGUGAAGGUCACAAGGCUCAUCGGUCAUGUUUAUCACAAGUAUAACGCCAAACAAUAUCCGUUUGUCUUUCUGAAUUUGAUUCUGGAGCGAAAUCGUACCGACGUAAAUGUCACCCCUGAUAAACGGACGAUAUUUUUGAUCCAAGAGUCACUCAUUCUAGCAUCUCUUAAGUCGAGUCUCAUACAAACAUGGGAAAAAACUCUGGGAAGUUUGACCGCUACAAAAUUAGAUGAGACACUCUUCUCCUUCAAGAGAAGUGCCUCGCCAACUUCUCAUGUAUACCCAAUUACUAAGAAACAACAAAUUGCCCCAGGGAAAGUAGAGCAGAAUGAUUUGGAACAAACAGACGGCCUUUUGUCGAACAUUACAGAAGUAAUAAUAAAUGAGAGAAAUAUACCAGGAUUUGGACAAUCAACAAAAUCGACCAUUUUAAGAAUGGUAGUGAAUCUUGAUUCAAUAAGGCAAGCGAUUCGUGCACAAAGGGCAGGGAAAGUAACGCUUGAGGAUAUACAAGAUCAGAAGCGCACAAACAAAGUUAGAUUUAGGACCAAGAUAGCACCAAAUCUUGGAAAAGAUGCAGAGCAAGAAUUACGUAAAGAGCUGUCCACAGAUUCCUUCGAUAAGAUGGAGAUUGUGGGGCAAUUCAACCUCGGAUUCAUAAUUGCACGGUAUAAGGAGGACUUGUUCAUCGUGGAUCAACAUGCCAGUGAUGAAAAGUACCGCUUCGAAAAAUUGCAAGGUGCAACCAAGCUCCACACUCAACAGCUGAUUGUUCCCCGGCGGCUAAAUCUGUCCUCGCUUAAUGAAACCAUACUAAUUACAAAUCAACCGACUUUCAUCGACAACGGAUUCACCUUCAACAUCAACGAGCAAUGUGAGCCUGGACAUCGGGUGGAAUUAACAGGGAUCCCAGUAAGUGGAAAUUGGCAAUUUGGCCAAGAAGACAUCGAAGAAUUGAUCUUUUUAAUCAGUGAAGGUAGAAGUGAAGAUAGCCUUGAUUGUAGCAACGGUAUACCUCGCCCAAGUAGAGUACGACAGAUGCUUGCUUCUCGAGCUUGUCGUGGAGCAGUGAUGGUAGGCAAGGCGCUGAACGGCACGGAAAUGCGUCGUCUUCUGCUGCAAAUGGGUCAGAUAAAUAAUCCCUGGAGUUGUCCCCAUGGGAGACCCACCAUAAGACAUUUGUUAUGUCUGUCGCUUCUCCAUCACUGAUCCCACUUUUUCUGUUUUAAUUAAUCGAAUUUGAAUAUCCCACGGACGCAUCGGCUAAUUAUUAGCGGAUCGCGGUCUGUUCUUUUUUUUUUUUUUUUGCGUAACGUUUCAUUUCACUUUGUAUCUAUAAAAUUAUUUCAAGAGUGACAUGUUACCAUAAGCAUGUGACGAUAAGUAAUUAUCAGGAGGAUUUUAGUGUCCGGGAUUGAUUAUACCAUGUGACAUCAAUAAAUUUCUUCUUAGUAA